AUGGCGGCGUGGGAAUCUCCCACACAGCUUUGCGGACACGGCAGGCAGCGGCGUGGAGGAACAGAGCGCCGGGCCUUUGAGGCACGCCGGCCCUCACCCCUCUGUGGAUUCCCGCUGCUUUUUCCUGAUCUCACUCCGACACAAACGCAGAGGGUGAUGGAGCCCAUGACGGUGACGACGUCAGUGGUCGGGCCGGACGAGUUCGACCGCAACGCCCCGCGGAUCUGCGGCGUGUGCGGCGACAAAGCCACCGGCUUCCACUUCAACGCCAUGACCUGCGAGGGAUGCAAGGGCUUCUUCAGGCGCAGCAUGAAACGUAAAGCCUCCUUCACCUGCCCGUUCAACGGGAGCUGCACCAUCACUAAAGACAACCGCCGUCACUGCCAGGCCUGCCGGCUCAAACGCUGCAUUGACAUCGGCAUGAUGAAAGAGUUCAUACUGACAGAUGAGGAGGUUCAAAGGAAAAAGGAAAUGAUCCUAAAGAGGAAGGAGGAGGAGGCAGCCCGCGAAGCCAUGAGGCCGCGGCUGAACGAGGAGCAGGCCCGGAUGAUCUCCUCCCUGGUCGAAGCUCAUCACAAGACCUACGAUGCCUCCUACUCCGACUUCUCACGCUUUCGGCCUCCAGUGCGUGAAGGUCCAGUAACACGCAGUGCCAGCAGAGCUGCCUCUCUUCACUCUUUGUCUGACGCCUCCUCCGAUUCAUUCAACCACUCUCCCGAGUCGGUCGACACCAAGAUGAACUUCAGCAACCUGUUGAUGAUGUACCAGGAUGGCGCAAGCAGCCCGGACUCCAGCGAGGAGGACACUAAGCUCUCCAUGCUGCCCCACCUGGCUGACCUGGUGUCUUACAGCAUCCAGAAAGUCAUCGGCUUUGCUAAGAUGAUCCCAGGCUUCAGAGAGCUGACAGCAGAAGACCAGAUUGCUCUGUUGAAGUCGAGCGCCAUAGAGAUCAUCAUGCUGCGCUCCAACCAGUCGUUCAGCCUGGAGGACAUGUCCUGGAGCUGCGGGGGACCCGACUUCAAAUACUGCAUCAAUGACGUCACGAAGGCGGGUCACACCCUGGAGCUGCUGGAGCCACUGGUGAAGUUCCAAGUCGGUCUGAAGAAACUCAACCUACACGAGGAGGAACACGUGCUGCUCAUGGCCAUCUGCCUGCUGUCUCCAGAUCGCCCCGGCGUCCAGGACCACGCCCGCAUCGAGCUGCUCCAGGACCGCCUGUCCGAGGCCUUGCAGGCCUACAUCCGAGUCAACCACCCGGGAGGACGCCUCCUUUACGCCAAGAUGAUCCAGAAGCUGGCCGACCUGCGGAGCCUGAACGAGGAGCACUCCAAGCAGUACCGCUCGCUGUCCUUCCAGCCGGAGCACAGCAUGCAGCUCACCCCGCUGGUGCUGGAAGUGUUUGGCAGCGAGGUGUCAUAG